AUGGAGCAAGCAGACUAUGUAAAACUGUUAAAAGGUGGUGGUACACCAUAUAAAGGGACAAAAUUGCUUGUCUUGAAAGGUAAAGCAUCAACUGUUGAAGAACGUGCUGCGGGUAAAAUUUGCCCGCCAACACAGCUAAAUCCAAAUUACGCAACGAACCACAAGAUACCGAGGGUGGGUAAAAUACAACCGAGAACUCCCAAACAACCCCAAAUACGAGGUCAAGCAGCUGCCAUAUCACCUGAAAUUUUAAAUUUAAUCUAUGGCCAAUAAAAGUAAAAGAAAAAUAACAAAUAAGAAAAGAAGGGGUAAAAGAAGGAAGCAAAUAGGUGGUUUUGGUCCUGCUGCAGGAAUUGCAUUAGGGAUGGCAUUACCCAUGUUAUUAAAUACGGGUACGAGUGUUGUGGGUAGUAUUUUUGGUAAAAAACCAGCACAGAGACCUACACGAAGUGUGAAUAAUCAAGGGGGUCAUAGACCAGAACCUUCAUGGAUGCAAGACCGUCCGCCACCGCGAAGACGUCGUAGACCAAGAUAUUAUGACGAUUAUUAUUAA